AUGCAGUGGGUGAAGGUGGUAGGGCUAGGGUUGGGGGCAACUGCCCUCCUGGGGUUGGGAAUCAUCCUGGGCCACUUUGCGAUCCCCAAAGGGGCUGAGCAGCCAUCCUCCAGCACUUCAGCCCCCCAGGACCUGGACCUGGAGACCCUGAAGACUGUCAUGGGACAGCUAGAUGCUGGCAGGAUCCAGGAGAACCUCCGAGAGCUCUCCAGGCAGCCGCACUUGGCCUCCAGCCCCAGAGAUGAGGCCCUGGUGCAGCUCCUGCUGCAGCGCUGGGGGGACCGAGAGUCGGGGCUGGACUUGGCCAGGACUGUGGAAUACGAGGUGCUGCUGUCCUUCCCCAGCCCGGAGAAGCCCAACCUCGUGGAUGUGGUGGAUCCCAAUGGGACUGUUCAACACUCCUACCUCCCGAAAGAGGAGAAUGUGACUGGGGAGCAGGCAGGACCUGAUGUAGUACAACCCUAUGCUGCCUAUGCACCCCCUGGAACGCCAAAGGGCCUCCUUGUCUAUGCCAACCAUGGCACGGAAGAUGACUUCAAGUACCUACGGGACCAGGGCAUCGACCUGCAAGGCACCAUCGCCCUGACUCGCUAUGGGGUAGCAGGGCGGGGGGCCAAGGCUGUGAACGCUGCCAGGCACGGGGUGGCUGGGGUGCUGGUGUACACGGACCCUGGUGACAUCAACGAUGGCCGCAGCUUGCCCAACGAGACCUUCCCCUACUCUUGGGGCCUGCCUCCCUCUGGCGUGGAGCGGGGCUCCUACCAAGAGUAUUUUGGAGACCCUGUGACUCCCUAUCUUCCAGCACACCCCUCUUCCUUCCGCCUGAACUGGGACAAUGUCUCUGGGGUUCCUCCCAUCCCUGCACAGCCCAUCAGCUUCCAGCAUGCCCAAGACUUGCUCUGCAACCUUGGGGGGCUUCUGGCCCCCACGUCCUGGCAGGGAGCACUGGACUGUGAGUACUAUCUGGGGCCUGGCUUCAAGAAGGAUGGAAAAUUCACCACAAACAGCCAGGUGCAAGUGAGUGUCUACAACCACCUGGAGUUGAGGAACUCCUCCAACGUCCUGGGUAUCAUCCGCGGGGCCGUGGAGCCUGAUCGCUAUGUGGUGUAUGGAAACCACCGAGACAGCUGGGUACAUGGGGCUGUGGACCCCAGCAGUGGCACAGCUGUCCUCCUGGAGGUCUCCCGUGUCCUGGGGACCCUGCUGAAGACAGGCACCUGGCGUCCCCGCAGAUCCAUCGUGUUCGCCAGUUGGGGGGCAGAGGAGUUUGGGCUCAUUGGCUCUACGGAAUUCACAGAGGAGUUCUUCAGCAAGCUGCAGGAGCGCAUGGUGGCGUACAUCAACGUGGACAUCUCCGUGUUCGCCAAUGCUACCCUGAGGGGGCAGGGGACGCCCCCUGUCCAGAAUGUCAUUUUCUCUGCAGCCAAAGAGAUCAGCUCACCAGGCCCCAGUGGUCUCAGUAUCUACGACAACUGGAUCCAGUACACCAAUCGCACCAGCCCAGUGUAUGGCCUGAUCCCCAGUAUGGGCACACUAGGUGCUGGCAGCGACUAUGCACCCUUCGUCCACUUUCUGGGCAUCUCCUCCAUGGACAUUGCCUACACCUAUGACCGGAGCAAGACCUCAGCCCGUAUCUACCCCACCUACCACACAGCCUUUGACACCUUGGAAUACGUGGAGAAGUUUGUAGACCCUGACUUCAGCAGCCACCAAGCUGUGGCCCGGAUGGCAGGAAGUGUGCUUCUUCGGCUCAGUGACAGCUUCUUCCUGCCCCUCAAAGUCAGUGACUACAGUGAAACCCUUCAAAGCUUCCUGAAGGCUGCCCAGCAAGACCUUGGGGCCCUCUUGGAGCAGCACAGCAUCAGCCUGGGGCCUCUGGUGACUGCAGUGGAGAAGUUUGAGGCAGCAGCCACAGGCUUGGGCCAGCGCAUAUCAGACCUGCAGAAGGGCAGCCCUGACCCCCUGCAGGUCCGAAUGGUCAAUGACCAGCUGAUGCUCUUGGAACGGGCCUUCCUGAACCCACGUGCCUUCCCUGAGGAACACUACUACAGCCAUGUGCUCUGGGCACCCCGGACAGGCUCUGUGGCCACAUUCCCUGGCCUGGCCAAUGCCUGCUCCAGGGCCACCAACACCAAUAUCGGAUCUGAAGAAUGGGCCGAGGUACACAGGCAGCUCAGCAUUGUGGUGGCAGCCCUGGAGGGUGCAGCAGCCACCCUGAGACCUGUGGAUGACCUCUGA